GAAGAAGAGGCUACAACUGAUCUCAGCGGGAAGAAGUCGAAAUCAAGAGGCCUAAAGUUUCUGUUUCGUUUGCAUGCUGUAAGGAAGUAAGGAAGUACAAUGGAUGAUGUUGGCGUUUCACCUGCUGCAGUAGCUAAAGGUUUGAUUAAGUUCAACCCGGGCUAUCUAACUACGUUGCCAGGAAUUUGCAAAAUUGUGGAAUUCGUUCUGUUGUUGCUAGCUUGGGCCCUAUGCAGUGGCUUUAGAAAUGGAUAUCCAUACGUGUCCAAUCUUCAGAGCUACCUUACAUAUUCUUCUGGUUCAAUUGGAUUUUUCCUGUUCGUCACAGUCACUCUUUGGAUACUUGUUUUUAUCAUGCUCAUCUUUGGAUUGUUGAGUCUCACUGAGAGGUUGCGAAUUCCAAGCAAGUUGCUUGUUUUUUCAAUUUCUUAUGGAUGUGCUGCAGUGCUGCUGUUGAUCUCAUCUGCCAUCAUUGGAGGGGAUGCUGCAACCUUUCCUGGCUAUUGGUGUGAUGCAAUAAGUAAAAACAAAUUUUUUAGCACGACAUGCGCCACUUACAAGGCUGCCGUGGCUUUUGGGAUUUUUAGCUGUGUCGCGUUUAUAUUCGAUAGCGUGCUGCAUUUUUUCAACCAUCGCAACCAAGGCCCAUCAAUGCCAGUGUAGGACUGUUCCUUCAACUUCCAAAGAAAAGACAAUCGUUUUCUUUUGUAAUUAAGUUUUCCCGAUUACAUAUAUCGUAUAAAGAUAGAAUGCAUCAUUAAUGUGUAUCAGCAAAUUUGUAUCUUCAGAUUGCUUACAGGACAUAGUAGAACCUACGCAAAAGAA